UGCACAAACACAAACAUCCAUGCACAUACACUCACCACACACACACACACUCAAUCUUACUGUAAUAUUAGACAGUGAAUUUCAGUAAACGUCUAUUUUUAUAUUUCAGGUCCUUUCUCUCGGAGACCGAAGUGGUGACUUUUCAUUAGUUGCUAGUAUUUGGACAGGCGUCUUGAAAUGAUCAUAGAAAUAACAGUUGGUUGCCGCAUUAAACAAAAUCCCUAUGAUUAACUGGAAAUGUAUGUAGGCUACGACCUUUACGUAAGGAAAACUCUAUCUAAGAUAUAAUUUGGAAAUGUAACUACGAACAUGCUACUAAAAUAUAUAGGCCUAUCUCUUCCAGCUCUGUUAAGGGCUACUUUGUGUGUGAGAUCUGAAUUAAUCUGUGUUGGAAUGUGUAACGUUUCUAAUGCUGGUGGGAGUGCGUUAUUUCAUUGGACCUGGGCUUGGGAUAAAGACAGACGGAUGCACCAAUGGUUGAAGUGAACAGAGACAUAUUCUCGUGAGCAGGUCCAAUAAGAUAUCAGCAUCACAGAUGAGGCGUGACACAUCUGCUAGUUGUGCUACCCGUCGCCAUUUCGUGGUCACUGGUUGAAGGAACCUUAUCAACCAACUGAAACGGACAAGGGAUUUUGAAAGACAACCCAAGUGAACCAACGUCGCAUUUUACAAAUUUUUAAACAAAAAUAAGCUCCGGUUUUUGAAGAAGCUUUUUUGAGCAACGACAAAUCGUAAAGUCAGACAGGCAGGCAGGCAGACAGACCUCCCGCAUCCAGACGAUAUGGAUCGCUCCCCCACCACCAGCAGCCUGAUGGCGAGCAACGUGACCAACAAGACGGACCCGCGCUCCCUCAACUCCCGGGUCUUCAUCGGGAACCUCAACACGCUGCUGGUGACCAAGGCGGACGUGGAGGCCAUCUUCUCCAAGUACGGCAAGAUCGUGGGCUGCUCCGUGCACAAGGGCUUUGCCUUCGUCCAGUACGCCAACGAGAGGAACGCCCGCGCGGCCGUGGGCGGGGAGGACGGGAGGAUGAUCGUGGGACAGGUGCUAGACAUUAAUCUAGCAGGUGAGCCGAAGCCACACAGAUCCAAGACAGUGAAACGUUCUGCAGGGGACAUGUACAGUUCUUCAUUUGACCUGGAUUAUGACUUCCAGAGGGAUUACUACGACAGGAUGUACUCGUACCAGGCCCGCGUGCCCCCUCCCCCGCCCCCCCUGUCCCGGGCCGUGAUCCCCUCCAAGCGUCAGAGGGUCAGUGUGAGCGGGGGCGGGGGGGGCGGUGGCGGGGGGGGCGGCAGCAGACGCACCAAGACCAGCUUCUCCUCCUCCUCCAAGAGCAGCCAGAGGACCUCCCGCGCCAUGAAGGCAGACGACCUGCAGACCAUUAAGAGGGAGCUGACCCAGAUCAAACACAAAGUGGACUACCUGCUAGAGAGCCUGGAGCGCAUGGAGAAGGACCACAGCAAGAAGACAGAUCUGAAGAGCGGUAAGCUGGAGCCCGGGGAGGUGUCCCCCCUCCACAGCAGCGGGGGGAAGAAGGAGGAGAGCCUGAAGAGGGAGAGAGAACGGGAGAACCAGGAGCUCAACGACUCCGAGGAGGAGGGCGACCUGCUGGAGGAGGAGGAGGAGGUCAAGAGUCGAGGACGAGAGGAGGACGACGAAGAGGAGGAGGAGGAGGGAGAGCAGGAGGAGGGCGAGGACGACGGAGACAGCGCCAACGGAGAUGACUCGUAAACACUGCGCGAUGACACACACACACACACAGAGCCGUGCCAGCGAUAUAACACGCAUACACAAAGGAUUGUGUAGAAGGAGAACUCACGUGUGCACGGCUCCAGUUCCUGAGGACGGUUGUUUUUCCGCUAUGAAUAUUGACAUUUCAAUACAGUGUAUUGUAGAUAACGCACGCAUACGGUUUCUGUAAAAUAUUUCAAUUGUCCUGAAUAUAUUUUCUUUUCUCUCUAGAUUUUCUAGAUAGGUUUUUUUUUCCAGUUUUUUUUUUGGACCCUCAUCCUUGGUUUUGUUACUCAGAAGGCUUGGUUUGCCUUUAAUACGGUCCAGUCUCAAGACCGAUCUGUCUGCGCAUCGCUGUCUUGUUGCCACCAGGGGGCGCUGUUUCCUGUUAAUCUUACAUUUCCACACUUCAACGAGAAAUGUGGCGCUCCGUCAGAGCACAUGGCGUUUUCCUGAAACAGUAAAUUAUGUUUACAGACGUGUGAAGAGAAGGGAAAAAAAGGGCAGAAUUUUCAGCCGUUAAACCGGUCUCUCUCUCACUCUGUUUGUCAGGAGAUAUGAAGCUGAUUUCACCUUAGUCAACCUUGAUUUCUGUAAGGCAGCGAAUUCACGCUGGUUUGUCCUAAAUGGUGUGUAAUGUAACUAAUUUGAUUGCGCUGGUGAACUUUAAAAAUAAAAAUUCCAAUCCAGAA